ACACAGAACUACAAUUUCAGGGGGGGUCACAGCCUCGCACAGUGACUGCAGAAGAAAUACAGAGCUAUCAGAGCAGGUUCAGCGUGGUGCUGCCCUCUCCCGGUCCCUGGAAGCCCAACAACGCUGUCCAUUGCACGUUAUACCAAAACAACAGCGCUCUGUCCUCCUGUCACACAUUUCUCUUUGACAGAGCAGCAUCGCCGGAGCUUCCUCUGAGGAGAUAGGAGCCUUGUGGGGAUUACACGAGAGCACUGGAAGGACCCAACGAGCUGACUAUAGUUUUGUCUUCAGGUUUAUUUUGAGAAAUGAGUCAGCGUAUUAACACAACGUUUGAGCGUGCCAGCUAGUGGUGUGUGAUCUGGAGGGAGAGAGAUAAAGACAGCAGAGACUAUGGAGGUGUCUGAUGGAUUACUGCUGCAGGUCAACAACGGUGAGCAGUGGUGUAACCGCUGGAAACAUCCCAAUGAGGACUUGGACCGCAGCACCAGCCCCUCAGUUCUGCGCUGUGUUGCCAGCACGUGGAAGGAGGGUCUGCUGAACAGAAAGAGGCCCUUUGUGGGACGCUGCUGUCACUCCUGUACACCACAGAGCUGGGACCGACUGUUCAACACCAGUAUUCCAUCCCUGGGACUGCGCAACGUCAUCUACAUCAACGAGACCCACACCAGACAGCGGGGCUGGCUGGCGCGCAGGCUGAGUUAUGUGCUGUUUGUCAUGGAGAGAGAUGUCAACAAGGACAUGUUCACCAGGAAUGUGGUAGACAACGUGCUCAACAACUGCAGAGUGGAGAGUGCUAUUGAGACGGUGGCCACAGAUUUGGAAGCUGCAGCCAGCAAGCCUGGCCAGGAGCACAAAGCUGUUAGCAAAGUGAAGCAGAAAGCCAGAGCCUUCCUUCAGGAGAUGGUGGCCAAUAUUUCACCAGCCUUCAUCAGGCUAACAGGUUGGGUCCUUCUGAGGCUCUUUAAUGGUUUCUUCUGGAGCAUCCAGAUCCACAAGGGCCAGUUGGAAAUGGUCAAGAAAGCUGCUACAGAGCAAAAUGUGCCCAUGGUGUUCCUUCCCGUUCACAAAUCCCAUAUUGACUACCUGCUCAUCACCUUGAUCCUCUUCUGUCACAACAUCAAAGCCCCACACAUCGCUGCUGGGAACAACCUAAGCAUCCCGAUCCUCAGCACUCUUAUCCGUAAACUGGGAGGAUUCUUCAUAAGACGGAGAAUGGAGGAGACCGGAGACGGGAAGAAAGAUGUUCUGUACAGAUCACUGUUACAAGCAUACACCGAGGAGUUGUUGCGUCAGCAGCAGUUUCUGGAGGUCUACCUGGAGGGUACCCGCUCCCGCAGCGGUAAGCCGUCCACAGCGCGUGCUGGCAUGUUGUCCAUUGUGGUAGACACACUGUGCACUGGGUCAAUCCCAGAUGUACUGGUGGUACCAGUUGGCAUCUCUUACGAUCGCAUUAUUGAGGGCAACUACAAUAGCGAGCAGCUGGGCAAACCUAAGAAGAAUGAGAGUUUGUGGGGGAUAGCAUGUGGAGUGUUCAGGAUGCUGAGGAAAAACUACGGUUGUGUUCGAGUUGACUUCAACCAGCCCUUCUCCCUAAAGGAGUACCUGGACAGCCAGAGAAGCCGCCAUAUUCCACCACCGUUGUCUCUGGAACAAUCCUUGACGCCCUUCAUUAUAUCUGCACAGCCAGAUGCUCAGCUGUUUGGGGGGCAGGAGGAGGAGCAGCUGAACAGAGAGCUCCCUGAUGACAUCCUAAGACGACAAGUUAUACACAACCUGGCCAAGCACGUCCUCUUCAUGGCUAAUAAGACUUCAGCCAUUAUGUCCACUCACAUCAUCGCCUGUCUACUGCUUUACAGACACAGACAGGGGGUGGUGCUGUCUAAGCUGGUGGAAGACUUCUUCAACAUGAAAGAGGAGAUCCUGUCCCGGGACUUUGACCUGGGCUUUUCAGGGAACUCCGAGGAUGUGGUCAUGCGUGCCCUCCACCUGCUCGGAAACUGCGUCAACGUGACCAGCAGUUCGAACCGCAAUGGAGAGUUCACCAUCGCACCGAGCCAAACUGUACCUGCGCUUUUUGAGCUCAACUUUUACAGCAAUGGCCUUUUCCACGUCUUCAUUUCUGAUGCAAUCAUCGCCUGCAGCAUCCUGUCCCUGCAGCGAGAGCUGGUCAUGGAAUCGGAGUCUGAUAAUCAGCCUGAUGUUCUCAAUAAUCUCCCCCUCAGUCAGGAGAGACUCAUCCGCAAGGCUGCUGGGCUCUCCUACUUUCUUUCUAACGAGGUUUCAGUGGCACCACCCUGUCAGACUAUCUACCAGGUGUUCCAUGAUGCAGUGACCCGGCUGAUCCAAUACGGAGUUCUCUACGUGGCAGAGGAGGACCAGGAGGAGCUCAGUCCCAGCCCUACAGAUGAACCUUGGCCUAAAAAGUUCCCUGAGCCCCUCUCCUGGAGAAGCGAUGAAGAGGAUGAGGACAGUGAUUUUGGAGAGGAGCAGAGAGAUCGUUACCUAAAGGUGAGUGUUGCUGCGGAGCACCAGGAGUUCUUUGUCUUCCUCCAGCGACAGCUCAGCCCCGUGCUGGAGGCCUACAGCGGGGCCGCCAUCUUCGUCCACAGUCUGAGUCAGCCCAUGGCUGAGUCUGACUACACCCAGAGGCUCUUCAGAUACCUGCUCACUCGCACGGAGAGAGGAGUGGCUGCUUAUGGUGAAAGUGCAACACAUUACUUGGUGAAGAACACAGUGAGGACAUUCAAAGAGCUUGGGGUUCUGAAGGAGAGAAAAGAAAACCGCGUGAACACACUGGAGCUGAGCAGCACCUUUCUACCUCAGGCCAAUCGUAACAAACUCCUGCAGUACAUCCUAGGUUUCACCCUGCUGUGACCGAGAUCCCCUUCAGCCCAGCUCCAACCCCCCCGCGCUCCUCCCAAUCAAGGGCUUCAACUGGUUACUCCGAAACGAUCCCAGGUGCUACUCUGUGGAAAGCUUUACCAGGAAGUGCCUUCACGUAACAGCCGCUAACUGUUAGCUGUUAGCCGGAAGAGACUUGAAGCCAGUCUUCCCCUUUAGUUGCAGUCUAAGACUCACCGUCUUAGAACUGUGCAGCUGAUAAAAAAAAAAAACCCAUGUAUCGUUCUUUGAAGAGGUACCUCAAGGAAUCAUCCUCACUUUGGGAACUUUGCCAGUGAAGUCAUGAGGUUUUAAUACGAUCAAAUUUUAAACAAUCACUAAUUAUACCCGAGCAGGUCAGUAAAUAAGAAUACCUUUUAUAUAGCAGUAACAACAUAGCCUUUUGUCUGUACAAAUGAAGAAAAUAUGCAUAGAAAAUAAUGGUAAAUAUUACCAAACAACGCAAAGGUUCCUGCUGAUUUGUAAUGCUGCUGUAUUCUCUCCAGUGCACUCCAUUAUCAUAAGGUAGAAAACAUGUUAAAAUGUAGUUUGAUGAAUGGCUGACAGCUGAAAAGUAAUGUACAUAAUCCACAAGAUCAGUCGCUGAUGGAGUGCAUUUGAAUAUAUCUGUGCUCUCAUGUCAUUGAAAUUACCAGUAGAGGAUCAUUAGAUAGAAAGAUUCCUGCAAAAUGCAAACAUAUCCAUAUUUUUAUUUGCAAAGAUAAACAAGAAGAUAGCUUCGGUCAGGUUUAUGACGCAGUUAGUGUUAAAACACAGAGAUUCAGACAUCAAUCAUCUACCUGGCAAACACAAUCGGUACCUUUUUGGAAGUUGGCGAAGUUAAAAGUCUGAAAUCACCACCAUCAAUAGUUAAGUGCAUUCAGACAACUGACAUUUAAGUGCAUUCAUUUAUCUAUUUCUUCAUAGCCGUUAAUGAAAAGUGACUUCAACCUCUUAGAACCUUUUUUCAUGUUUCAAUGAAUGUUACAUUAGCACAGCACUUCAAACACCUUCAUACCAGCCAUCAAAUCUCCUUGAGUUCAAGUACAACGCAACAAGCUCAGACACUCUUUGAUCAUGCCUUUCAGGGAGAGCAUACAUUUGGGAGAAUCACAUUUGUUUUUUCCCUGUGUUGUAUAACUUGCUGUGUAAAAAAGCUGGAGUCAUUGCUAAGAUGGCAAGACUGGCUCCAAAGGUCGGGCAUUUCGCAGGACAGAGGAGGUGCAAAAUAAAUGGUACAUAUCCACGGUGUAGUCCAUCUGAACAAAAAGGUCACGUCUCAGUAGGUGUUGAGAUUGUUUUUUUUUGUUGUUCUGUCGAGAAAGGAAGAAAAAAAAGGAGAGGACAUCUUCUGUUUUUGUUUACUUUUAAAUGCUGCAAGGCGCACUGAUGUUUCAGAAAACGAAACAAAGUCGUACUGUGAGGUUUUCAGUUCUUUCUUUCGCUCACAGAGUCCAUGUUUUGGAAACACAAUUCUGAACAAACAGUAUGCAGAUCCUGCUAAUGUCAAACAUUUUUCAAAGAAGUCUGACCGGUAGAGGAUAAAUCAGAAAAUCAGUACUGUAUGUGUAACAUUAAAACCUGGUAGUGAAAGUGAGCUGCAGUACAUUUACCAGAGUUCAUCUUUAUUGUAAAAUAACUUGACAGGACUCAGUACUUAGGUGUUAUUCUUUGUGUAAUCAUAGAAACAUUUUUGCAUUGAACAUGAAAUUAAAUGAUGUGUUUGUACACAGAGCUGAAAAAAAGAGGGAGUCUGUUUGAAGGAACAGAGAAAGUUGGAGGAGAAUUGAUUUCCCGGGUUGAUAAUGUGAAGACAGACAGUGUGAAUGUUUAAUAUCGACAUUCUUGAUAUCUGUCAGGGCAAUAAAUAAAUCUGCUGGUACACAUUUAAGAAUAUUUAUAUUGUAAGACUAGUCUACAGCACUGCUUGUUACAAAUACUUUAAACGCAUCUUUCUCUACGUAAUUUAUUUAAUAUUAAAAAUCUGCAUAUUUUCAUGCAAUUUUUCAAAUGUCUGUACAAACCCCUUAAUUUUGUGCUGAGGGAGUCAGUGAAUGAAACCCAUGGCAUGUUGAAGAAGAGAAAAGUAUGUUAUUAAAGCAGGAGUGAGAUCUGAGGAGUAUUUCUGAGCCCAUAAUCUAAACGCGCCCCCCCCAAGAAGCUGAGGGGUAAUCCGCCAAGAUCAAACCACUCUAUGUACUGUACUGCAUGUUUCCUCUGGUCGCCUUUAAUCAUGGACACUUCAAUGUGAACUCUACUUAACCUGAGAAUUGUAUUUUACAGCCUAAUGUGUGAAUUUUGUUGCAGAGAAAGAUAGUUGUUUUGUGUAGGAGAUGAAAUUUGUUACCUCUUGAAUGUAUCCCAUCUGUCCCCCUCAAAAGGUCAAUGUGAUAUCAUCAAACGCUCGAUGGAGUCGGUACAGAAUACGGUACACUUUUUAUGAACUGCUCGCAGGGAUCGUUGUGACCCGUCACUGCUCAAGCUACAUUAACGACAUCCCUCUACAACUAUGUAACUUUGUAGGAUAAAAGAAGAAACACCUGUAAGGGGAGCAGGUGCCUUUGUAAUGCACUGUAGUGUUCUUAGGUUGUGUUAUUUUGUUUUUUUGUUUUUGUGCAUGUUAACAGGUUAUUUUGUGUGGAAAUCCAAAAGAACACUGUAGAUUGUAAGUGAAAAAACAAUAACACAAGAGCAGAGAUCUUGUGGUUACUCUUAAGAAGAAUCACCAGCUACUAAAAAAAGUGUCACUUUUUCUUGCUUUCUCGGAGAAAAGCACAAUUGGCAUUAUUAGAUUUUGUUUUUAAAUAAAUUAAUGAUAGAUUAA